CAUUUCUAAUCCAAUUCAAAAAUUCCGAUAACAAAAAAGAAAAAAAAAGAAGAAAAAAACUAAAACCUACAAAUUUCCUUCCGAAAACUCAAGAACAAUCUUCAGCCGAUCAAGAACAAGAAGCUAAAAUGGCGCUCAUAUCAAUACAUCAAAUCUGCGCUCUGUUUCCGGCGACGAAUUGCAACGAUCAUUUAUCUCACUCCAGGGUACCGCCGAGUACGGCGGCGGUGAGGGCGGUCCCAGCGGCGGCGAUUUUGCGAUCUAGGUUUUCGAAUCGGGAAAGAGAAGAGGUAAUGUUAUCAUCAUUGGACAGAGUCGGACGGAGUUUCUCGUUGUCAUGCAGUGCUUCGACUGCGGCGGUAGAGGAGGAGGAGAAAGAAGGGAAUAGGAGUGGAGUGGGGGUGUUUGUGAUGAUGGCGUUGGAUAGUGUGACGAUGGGGAAUAAGGUGAACCGGAGGAAGGCGAUGGAGGUGAGUUUUCAGGCGAUGAAAGGGGCGGGAGUGGAGGGGGUUAUGGUGGAUGUGUGGUGGGGAUUGGUGGAGAAGGAAAGGCCCGGCGAGUAUAAUUUCGGCGGUUAUGAACAUCUUUUGGGUAUGGCGGCGAAAUAUGGGCUGAAAGUUCAGGCCGUCAUGUCGUUUCAUCAAUGUGGAGGGAACGUCGGCGAUUCUUGCACAAUUCCAUUACCGAAAUGGGUGGUGGAAGAGAUGGAGAAAGAUCCUGACCUUGCCUACACGGAUCAAUGGGGAAGAAGGAACUUAGAAUACUUAUCUUUAGGAUGCGAUAAUCUUCCUGUCUUAAAGGGCCGAACUCCCGUUCAAUGCUACGCCGAUUUCAUGCGUGCCUUCAAACACAACUUCAAUCAUCUCCUCGGCAAUACCAUCGUUGAAAUUCAAGUAGGGAUGGGACCAGCUGGGGAGCUUCGUUAUCCAUCAUAUCCAGAACAAAAUGGGACAUGGAGAUUCCCAGGCAUUGGAGCCUUUCAAUGUUUUGACAAAUACAUGCUAAGUAGCUUGAAAGCUGCAGCCAAUGUCGCUGGAAAACCUGAAUGGGGCUCGACCGGCCCAACCGAUGCUGGUCACUACAACAACUGGCCAGAAGACACCCAAUUUUUCAAGAAAGAAGGUGGAGGUUGGAACUCCACUUAUGGAGAAUUCUUCCUCUCUUGGUACUCCCAAAUCCUCCUUGAUCAUGGAGAUUCAAUACUUUCACACGCGUCUUCAAUCUUCAAACCUUCGAGUGUGAAGAUCUCGGUGAAGAUUGCAGGCAUUCAUUGGCAUUAUGGCACUCGGUCUCACGCCCCUGAGCUCACCGCAGGAUACUACAACACACGGUACCGUGAUGGUUACACACCAAUCGCGCAAAUGCUGGCUCGCCAUGGUGCCAUCUUCAACUUCACUUGUAUUGAAAUGCACGACCAUGAACAACCUCAAGAUGCACAAUGUUCUCCUGAGAAGCUAGUAAGGCAAGUGAAGUUGGCAACUCAAAAGGCUCAAGUCCCGCUCGCGGGGGAAAAUGCUUUGUCACGAUACGACGAGUACGCGUAUGAGCAAAUUGUAAGGGCGUCGAGAGAGAUGUGUGCAUUCACAUACUUGAGGAUGAAUACUCAGUUGUUUGAAGAAGAAAAUUGGAGAAGGUUUGUGGGAUUUGUGCAGAAAAUGAAAGAAGGAAAGAAUGGGCAUAGAAGUUGGGAAGAAAAGAAGAAGCAACAAGUUGAAAGGCUUGCGCCUAAUCUGCAAAGUGAGACUAAUUUGUUCCAAAGAGUUUAGUUUUGUUAAGCUAAUUAGGUUUUUAGCUUUCCACAUAUGGAAAAAUUAGGCCACCUUUUUAAACCCCACCACUCUAUUUUAUAAAAAAAAACUUAGUACCAAAACUUGUGGAAUGUGUAAAUUAUGGAUGGAAGCAAGUAGGUUUCUUGUUAAAGCAUAUUAAUUAGUAUAUAGUCGUCCAAUAUAAAUAAAGAAUAAUGGCAAAUUUGCCUCAUGUAUAGAGCUAUUGUUUUCAGAUAUAUAGCAGAAUUUAUCAUUUAUUUUGCUA